ACCGCACAAGAGCUCCAUUCCCUAAAUCUUUGACCUAAGCAUUCAAAAACUGAUUUUUCCAAACCCUCGGCAUCGCCCAAAAUUGUUGGUUAACCGAAAAUGAUAAAGUAUUUGGCGGGGAUCUUCGCCAAGUCGCGAAACGACUACGUGGAUGGUCGCCUGACCACGCCGCUGACCAGGAAGAUGGCCUCCAUCCGCGACCCGCAGCCCAGGAUAUCCCUGAAGACCACGCCUUGCAAGCUUCAGGGGAAUCCCAAGGAAUCGCGACCGAACAGCCGCUCCCCCAGGAAGUUCAACCAUGUCCAAGUGGAGCCCGUCAGCUAUAUAGUCGAUGUGUCGGACUCCUCUUCGUCGCUCGACGAGGUGGACGCCAUUCACCAACUGCCUGGUAUACCGAAAGUUUUGGGGGAUCGGGUUUCGAAUAAAGAAUUUCGGGCUGAUGCCGGGGAACUUUUGCCCAUUCCGCCGCCUGUUAGCCGCGUCCAAAGUUGGACAGGUCCCUUCAAUGCCAAUCCUUUCAACAAAAACGAUGACCUUUCCACUUGGAGGAGGACAUCCAACGAUGGAGGAGAGCAUCCCCUGGACUGGGAGUUGGACUGGCUUCCGGAGGAGUUUUGGUCAGCGGAUCAGGAACCGGAGAAUAUCAGCAAAUGAAGUUCAUUUAGUGAAGUAAUAUAUCUUAUUUUAACUAACUUCCUAUUUUAAAAAUGUGUUGUUAUACCUUUCAAUUUUGGUCUAAGCUAAUAAAAUAAUAAAAUUGAGUAUAUAC